CAGGAUUCGGUAGACAGUGCGGGGCCAUGGCUGCUGUCCUCCGAGUUGUGAUGCGGUUGCCAGUGCCAGCUGUGUGGGGAAGGCCUCUCUACAGGCUGCAGUGCUGCAGUGGGCAGGAUUUUAGGAAGUGGGUGGGGAGUAGGUCACCCACAUUGAAAGGGAAACCACCAGGCACAGAGACAGAGAAAUUCCAGAUGAUCUACCGGUUUGAUGCCAUCAGAAUCUUUAGGUACUUGUCUCGGCUGAAGGUGGUACAAACAGCCCUGACGGUGGUGGCCCUGCCUCCUGGCUUUUACUGGUACUCCCAGGGCCUUAUGGCUUUCAACUCCUUGUGCCUCGUGGGUGGGAUAGCUGGGUUUGCCCUGGCUAUGCUGUGCUGGAUGAGCUAUUUCUUCCGGAGGCUAGUGGGUAUCCUAUAUGUGAAUGAGUCAGGCACCAUGCUGCGGGUGGCCCACCUGACCUUCUGGGGCUGGCGGCAGGACACAUACUGCCCAGUGGCCGACGUGAUCCCUAUGACGGAAACCCAGGACUGGCCUCAGGAACUUUUUGUACGGAUCCAGCAGUACAGUGGGAAGCAGACCUUCUACCUCACCCUGCGCUAUGGACGCAUUGUGGACAGAGAGCGUUUCACACAGGUGUUUGGGGUUCUGGACACGCUUAAGUGAACAACUGGACACUGGGCUUCUGGGUAACCUUGGGCCACCUGGAUCUCUGACAGAAGGCUGAAGGUGUGGGCAAGGUUAAAGAAAGGGGACCUGUGAGCUGGAGACUUUGCCAGGAUUCCUGGGAAACUUGCCUUUUGGAAUGAGUAAGUUCAUGAGGCUGAUGCUAGUAAGCUAGUUUAGGAAAGAGGCCUUAGUGCAAAUUUUUACGCACUUGUAUAUGACAUUCAUGUAGGUAAUGGCCAGCAGGUUCUCUUGGGAGCCAACUGUUGGAAGAAGCUAUGCCCCAUUCAUGCAAACAGAAAGUGCUGUGAAAUGGGAAGAAGGGUGGGGCAGGCGGAACAUAGGAUUUGGAGUUGGAAGACUUGGAUUUUGUUUAUCUUUAACUUGUCGUGGGCCAGGUAGCUGAGUCUCUCUGAACCUUGGUUUUUCAUUUGUAAAGUGGAAAUCCUGCCUGUCUCAUGGGAUGUGUGUGAGAAUAAAUAAUAAAUGUUGAGUGCUUUGCAAACUCAGGAUGCAAGAGCAAACAUGAAGUGUUUGUUUAGAGGUGAUGGAGUGGUAGACCCAGCAGCAGACUGGAUUGGGAUGAAACCUGGAAGUGGGUCAUUUGGUCCUGCCAGAUGGUAACUACAUGAGGGGCAUGAGAGUCAUCCAAGCAAAUAUGGCACUCCUGCAAGACAG